CUCCCCAGUCCCCCGUGCCCCCUAUCAGCAUUGUGACGCUCAGGUGCAGCACACUAAGGCAGGCAGGCUGGCAGGCUACCUUCCUGCGUAAAGAUUGACUGGGAGCUGGGGCCUCGCUAAACCUGUCGCCACAGCAGGAGCUAGCAGCUCAGGCAACUCUGCUGCCCGUGUUACGUCACCCGGCGCAACCUCUUCUGAGGCAUGCUAAGCUAGAGCUCUCCAAGCACCGAGGAAUUAAGCAGUGAAACAAUGACGAUGCCCACAGCUCAGCGCCAGCUUUAUUGAUUCCUCGGAAAACAUCAACAAAGGUCUACGGUCCAAAUAAUCGCCAUCGAACGCCGCAACCAUACGGCCAAACCACGAUUCAUCAUGGCCAACGCAGGCCUGCUCCAGACCAGUCUCAUCUGGGUGGCUUACGCCGCCGCAGUCGUCUUCUGCCUCCUGGCUGCCAUCAUUACCACCUUCACCUGGCAGACGCCCCGGGAGCGAUCCGCUAUAGUCAGCAUCGUCGCUAUUGUCAGUCUAACAGCCCUCCUGGCAACUGUCCUUCUGCUGCCUGUCGACAUCGCCCUCAUUUCAUCCACAACACACGCGUCGCUUGGCGUGAAGAAGGACUGGGCUACCGAGGCGCGAGUUCACGAUAUCCUUCAAACAUUACGCAUCGUCUACUACUCCCUCUAUAGCUUCGAUGCUCUGCUGUGUCUCUUGAUCAUCCCGUUUGCCUACUUCUGGCAUGAGGAAUACGAUGAGAUUGAAGUCGAGGAAGGCCGGUCGUUCGGCAGCCGCCUCAUCAGCGCGCUGAAGUACACACUCGUCUUCGUCAUUCUGGUCCUGAUUCUCUUCUUGGUCGGCUUCUUCGUACCAGCAGCUGGUGAUCACAACGGUGCUCACUGGGACCUGGAUUACUUCAAGCGCAUUCUGGUCCAGAAUAACGGUCAAAAGGCGCUUGCCUUUGCUCUUGGACUCCUCGUCACCCUAGGAAUUCUGCUGUAUGUCGUCUACACAGCAGCUGGACUGGCCCUGCUUCCCAUGUCCUUCAUCAAGUCUGCGCCGUCAAUUUCUGCGCCCCAACUUACCGAAAGCACCGCAACCGCUUUGGAGCAGAACCGGGAGCGCCAGCGCCAGCUUGAGAUGCGCAAUGCCGGUCGUCCUGAGGGUAUGUCGUCCAAGGACAGGCGUGAACUCGAGGCACUGGUUCGCGAGGAGCGCACUUUGACGCGUCGCGAGAGACUAGCAGCCGAGGCCUCCGGAGAAGGUCGCAGCACCAUUUACAGAUUUUGGCUCAAGGUCUGCGCCGUCUUCCGACCCAUCAAACUUCUCGGCGGUAUCCUACUGCUCUUGCUUUCCGUCCUGAUCUGGGUUUCCAUGUUGAUCACGGGCAUCGACAAGGCAAAGAACUCCUUCUGCAAGGGCAAGUGCGGCUAUAUCCUGGGUCACAUCAACAUUUUCCAGCCCAUCAACUGGAUCUUCAUUCAGUCCGCCAAGGCCUUCCCAAUUGACUAUGUAUUGAUGGCUCUCCUGGUUCUCUUCUUCUUCAGCAGUUCAAUCACGGGCAUCGCCACCAUCGGCAUCCGGUUCUUGUGGGUUCGCAUCUUCCAGAUUCGCAAGGGACGUACUGCGCCGCAAGCCCUCCUCAUUGCGACAGUCAUGCUAGCCCUCAUUAUCCUUGCCAUUAACUACACUAUCGCAAACAUGGUUGCUCCUCAGUACUCCAUGUACGGCACUCAGACAUACUGCACAGCUCCUCACCACGCUGGCGAGACCCCCGACUGCAAGGACAGGCCGGAUUAUCUGGUGCAGUGCUCUGAGGCUUUGGAUCCCGAGGCCCUCAAGGUCUGCACGCCUUCCAUCAUGGCCGAGUUCCUCAACCGCAUCGCAAUCACGUGGCCCUUCUUCGGCCUGGUUGACUUCUGGGCCCAAUUUGUCUUCCUUGGUAUCUUCCUCAUCAUUUUCGUUACUGGACUCUUCCGCGCCCCCAAGCUCAACGUGUCCGAGGUUGACGAGGACGCCGAGGAAGAUGAAGAGGAGGGAUUGCUGGCAAGCACCGGUCGCAGGUUCGGAGCCACGUGGCAGGAUAUCACGGGACGCACGAAGAAGACCAGUUACGGUACGCAGGAGGGAAACAACGGUGCCGGAUCCUCCGAGGCCUAGUUAAGUCGUAGGAAUGAAUACCCUUGAUAUCAGAAGUAUUGUGCCGACCAUAUACGGGAAGGGUUGUAAAACAAGCACAUUGCAUAUCAUUGACGGUAUGGGAAGCGUGGAAUUUGUAUUGGAACACGACACGGGUCAAGGCACACACACGAUGGCGGGAAGGGAAGGGGCUGGGUCGGUAGUCUUUCAUUUCGUUUAAGCGACACAGAAUGCACAA